AUGUUGCAUUCGAAACUGGGUCGCGUGAUGAACUUGGUGUACUACCAUUCCGUAUUCUUUGCCCUAAUGGGCACUACUUUAAGGAUACGCUCCUACAAGAAGACCAUUCGCCUGGAUAAACUUUCGCGGACUUAUCUUCUAUACAGCUUAUUUACUAGCGCAUUUAUGUUUUUAAACAUAUACUACAUGGUUCCUCAGGUACUACUAGAUAGCUAUAUAAAGUACAACAUAGUCCUGCAACUAAACUUUGUUGUGAUGGUUUUUCUACGCAUAAUGUCUGUCUUGUGCUGCUAUUUAACCAUUUGGCUGAAGCGCCGGAAAAUCAUUAAGCUCUACAGGAACUCUCUUAUUUAUUGGAAACGAUUCAGAAACAUAAUGGAUGCCAUAGUGAACAAGCAGGAACUUAAAGACCUCCAAAUAUCUCUGGCCAGGACAAUGAUGCAAGAAAUAAUGGUGCUCUAUGCGGCUUUUUUGUUCUCCGCUCUAGUACAGUAUCAACUACUCAAUGUGGUUAACAAACGGAGUUUACUGGCUUUUAGUAUAAGGCUCAUACACUUCCUGCACUUGCUCGCAGUAAAAAUGGCGUUUUAUGGGUUACUCAUACUGCUAAACCAUCAGUUCGUGGUAAUCCACCUAGCAUUAAACACUCUUCAUAAGAAAAAGGUCGGUAAGAAAUGGAAAGCCGUGCGAUCCAUAGCCACUAUGCACUUGGAAACCCUUCAGUUGGCCAGAUCCAUCUUUAGAAUCUAUAAUGUUAUUCAUACCACGGUGUUUAUCAACAUGUUCAUGGCCACAAUGAAUAUCCUUUAUCAUGCUGUCCAGUUCAGCAACAAAACCAUCAAAUCCGAUGGUUGGGGGAUAAUAUGUGGAAAUGGAUUAAUUUUCUUCAACAUCUGGGGAACCCUGAUGUUCAUGGAAAUGCUGGACAAAGUGGUGACCUCCUGCAACAACACUGGCCAAAUGCUUAGACAAUUCAACGAUCUGCCAAGCGAGAACAAAACGCUACAACGGGAGUUGGACAUUUUUACCAUGCAGCUGAAGCGAAACCAUUUGGUCAUCAAAAUCUGCGGGCUUGUGGAGCUGGACAAAUCGUUUUGCCUUAGUUUUAUAGCCUCGAUUCUGAGCAACGUCAUUAUCCUUAUGCAAUUCGACUUGAGGCGGCAGCAACAGCCAAACCAUCCGCAGUACCUCACACAUUUGAUCAGGAACCAAUCUGACGUUUAG